AUGAAACAUAUGGAGAAAAAAGAAAAGCAAAAGAGUGUAGAUACUGAUGUUAGCGAAAUAUCGCGCCUGAUUAAAUCAGUAUUUGUAAACGAUUACUCUAAAGCUCAACUUCAACUGCUUAUUCCUGGAGUAAGCAUGUGGGCGAUAGAUGAGACAAGAAGGCAUGCCACUAAGGUGGGGGUGGGUAAACCAGUGCCACAGAUGGAGGCCAUUACACGCGCAAGACUGGAUUCAAGCAAAGUAGACCAUUUUCUAGAUUUUAUCAGCAGACCAAAUUUCGUGCAAGAUGUUGCCUACGGAACAAAAACGCUAAAAUUGUCGAAUGGGGAGAAGAUGGAGAUUCCAAACGUGGUUAGGACAGUUAUUGCUUCAAGGAUUGUGGAAUUAUACCAGCAGUACUGUCAGGAAAACGGUUUCCUCUCACAUGGGAGGUCAACCCUCUUCAGUAUUUUACAGGUACGUAUCAAAACAAAAUCACGAUUCAAAAUCAGACGAAGAGCGAAAAUAAAAAAGAAAAAGUGAGUUUUUUUAAAUUCUGUUAUCUCAUUUACAUACCACGAAGAUAUCAUUAUAUGCAUUGUAGCUCAUUGUGUCAGGUCUCUUAGUUUAUACUGCUUCUUCGGCUUGAUUAACUGAAAAUUACUUUAGUCAUAUAGGUGGGGAUUAUAAAAGAGCAAAAGCUCUGGAUGAGAAAAGCAGUGAAAUAUGAACACGAGGAGAAAAAUAUAACAAAACGUCAUUAUUGUAUAGACUUGUGCAGCAUCACAAAAGAAGUCUUUGGCAGGACUUGACAACAUCGCUACAGAGGGAUCGCAAGCCUUCGAUACACUCGAAGACGUAGUAAACAGGCUAGGAAAGUUAGGUAAGCUCAGGUUGAUUGAAGUUUUGUCCCGGGGAGGCCUGUAUCUUCCCAUUUUGUUUCUAUAUAAUGCUAUUUUUCACUGCACCCUUAACACUCAAACCACCCAACCUCCUAGGCCAAUUUAAUUUUUGGACUUUAUAUUUCUUGUUUAAGGUUUGUCGAAAACAUUUUUUAAAAAGCAUAUAUUUUAUACUGUGCAAUUUUAACAGAGGCCUCGCCUCUUAACUCAAUGGAGUAUAUAUGAGCGGCUUUAUCUUAAAUAGUAGUAAUUAAAAAACGGAGUGGUAACAUUAGCGUGCCUUUUUAAAGGUAAAAGUUCAGCCUGGGUUUAAGUGCUAAAGAUCGCUUGAAAGCUGGUAAAAGCUACCUUAAGACAAACCUCAAGAUCCGCGUUUCUGAAGAAAGCCAGUGUGCUGAUCAUUGCCGGGUGUUUGCGUUGUCUGACCCUGAAGAUCAUCUCUGUGAGCAUGAGCACACGAAAUCAUGUCAAAGCUGUGACAAUAUCAAGAAUGUUCUUGAUGAAAUAGAACUUGUAUUGUCAUCAAGAGACCUUCACUUCAGGUAAACGGUUACUGAUACCAUGUUUUAUAGUCUUCUUCUUUCAAACCAAAAACCUAAACUUUCUUGCAGUCAAAACCAAAGAAAGAAGACAGAUUUCUCCCCUAACAGAUUUUGUCUUGUUCAGUUUAUCGUUAAUCGUUUCAUUUUACACAUGGAAAAAAUUUCUUCACAGGAUAUCACGAGAAGAUAUAUAUUGUAAUUUUACCUGAUCAUGAAGAGCAAGUUUUCUAAUUGUCAUAUCUUAAUCACCUUUUUUGCAAUUGGAAAUGGGUGGCUCAGGUGACUGAAAUCUACAGUUGUGUAACUUCGGAGACAGUGCUGCGUUUACAUCAUUGAACAAAGGAUCGGGAAAAAUAUACCGUGCAAAGACAAGCAAAUGAUGUCGCCCUAAAACGUCAAGAAAUUAUAAUUACAGCUUUGAUAAUAGAACGAAAUCAUUUUUUAUUUUGCUUUUUAGAUAUCAAGACGAAAAGGAGGAAUAGAGCAUGACAUUAGUAACGCUAUAGACAGGAUUGAGCGAUGGAAGGCCCACAUCACAGAUCUGACAACUGACAUCUUCCUUUCAUAGCAAGAUUCGUCAAAAUGUGCAGAACAUAACGAAGCAUACUUCGAGGUCGGGUCUUUAUAAUCAUGCCUAUGGCGACGCACAAAUUGCACCCAUUGAGCUCUUACAGACGGAUCAGAUGGAAACUCGUGCAUACGUAUUCCAGGCGUAAAUGUCGUAUUUUUACAACUUCGCUGGUUUGGGGUUCCAGCGGCGCAAUAUCGCCCUCCUCUUCGCGUCGCUUUCGGUGUUUUCGAGCUCUCCGCCAUAGUUGCUUUGUUUGAAUGAUUCAAGAUGCAACCAAAAUUACGUAAUUUACGUCAUCAGCAUAAAGUCACGUGGUAAUUUGACCGCGCGAUUUGAAGACCAUUUUCUGGUACGAAACAGGCCAACUUCGAUCGCUUAUAAAAUCGGCAGUUUUUACUCAAAACAUCUCAAACUUUGGAAUCGAGAAUUUUAAAUGAUAAAGAUUUUAACUGACUAAAAAUAAUUUUCGGUUCAUAUGCACUUUAAGAGCAGUACACCAGGACGUAGCAAAGGAUGAUAUCCUCACCAAUAUGACGCCAGAGCAAGCUUUAAUUAUCAUGGAUUGGGUAAUGAAGUUCCUUCCUUUGAAGUAUAGGGAAACGCAAGGAGAGAGGUUUGGAAAGAAAGGCCUCUCUUGGCAUGUCACAGCCGUGAUAACAAAACCGAAGGAAGAUUUUGAGGUAUUUUCUACAGGCAUAUCCUACAUCUGACUAUGGGCAUAUCCAAAAACGUUUCAGUUUCAGAUAUUGUAGUAGACGAAUUUGUGUCCUAAUUAGAAGAAAUGCUGAGUUUUCUUCUUACUCCCUGAGUAACAGUAGAGUUAUCCACAUUCACUUGCUGUGCAAAAUACGUUAAAUGCAACUAUAAAUUAGGUAUUGACAGUGGAGGUAGGUCCACAUUCUACUGAGAAAAUAAUCUCUUGAAAUCUUUAGCUAUGAAGUGCAGGAAGAUAAGUGGCAUAGUUAUAGUCAGUGGAUGAAACAACAAGUGGACAACAGAUAGGAUUACCAGAAGAGUAGGUAUUCAGUGAGCUUUCCUGUUGUACUUUAUUUAACGUCAUGGAGCCGAUACUGUAACAUUAUUUCUUAUGUUCGUAUGUAUAGGUAAGGACAUACGUUCAUCUGCUGGAUCACUGCAGCCAGAACUGGUUUGCUGUUGCAUCUAUUUAUGAGAACACGCUUAUGGAAAUAAAGAGGAAGUCACCUGAGAUUGUCGAGGCGUUUGCACGUAGUGAUAACGCUGGAUGUUAUCACUGUGCUCCUUUAUUGCUAAGUAUCCCUGGUAUUAGUCAACGUACAGGUGUAACUACAAGCCGAUACGACUUCAGUGAAUCAAACAGUGGCAAAGAUAUAUGCCAUUGCCAUAUUUCUCCUUUGAAAAGUCAUAUACGCCAGUACGUCAAUGCAGGAAAUGAUGUCGAGAAGGCAAAAGAUAUGAAGAAAGCAAUAGAUUCUUACUCCGGAGUUAGAGGUUGCCGUGCAUCAGUUGUAAAGGUGGACGCUAGCGCACAGGAUCUGCAUAAUCACAACUGGAACGGAGUACUGAUGUUUUCAAACUUCAAGUUUUGCGCAGACGGAAUCAGGAUGUGGAAAGCCUUCAAUGUUGGAGAAGGAAAUUUCGUUCGUUACGAUAAGCUAAUGAAGAGAGGGACCAGCCAGGGAAGUACCCGAUUGGAGGUUAUUGAGCCGUUCACAUCCCCGCGUGUGUCGACUGGCUUCUUGUACAAAAACAGCAAAACGACGGAAAACAAAAGUGAGCCUUGUGAAUUCAGUUGCCCUUUACCAGGUUGCAUCAAGUUAUUCAAAACGACAACAGCGUUGCAAAACCACCAGGACUUUGGCAAGCACAUUUUUUGCACCCAAAAGGAUUCCACGCAUGACAGUAUUAAGCGUAAAUGGGCUAAAGCAUGCACCGACAUACGCCCUUCAUAUAUUCCAUUAAUAAGAACCUUGAAGGAUUGA